AUGACAAAAAACAUUAAUAGAACAAAGGCAAAAGUGACGAUUCUGGAAGUUGGCUCAGAUUUUAGGAGUGAUGAAAAUCAUCGGGAAUGCAACAGAAAAAAAAAGCGCUGGCAACGCCUCCUGCCCGGGCUAUAAAGGGCUCCAAGCCAGGGGGAAGCGAGCACUCACUCUCUGUGCUGCCGAGCCGGGUGUUGCUCUCCAGCCCUACAGCCUCCGCCAGCCUUCGCCAUGAGCACCACCACUGUCAGGCAAUACUCCUCCUCCACCUCCCUCAAGGGCUUCGGUGGCCUGGGUGGAGGCUCCAGCAGGCUUUCCUCCGUGCGUGUUGGGGGAGGAGGGUACAGAGCACCCAGCGUCCACGGAGGCAGCUACUCUGUCUCUUCCCGCAUUGUCUCGGGGCUUGGAAGUGGCUACGGGGGCAGCUACUGCAGCAGCGUAGGAGGGGGCCUCGGCAGCGGCUUUGGGGGUAGCUAUGGGGCUGGCUUUGGGGCUGGCUUUGGAGGUGGCUUUGGAGGUGGCUUUGGAGGUGGCGAUGGCAUCCUCCCGGCUGGCGAAAAGGAGACGAUGCAGAACCUCAACGACCGCCUGGCUGCCUACCUGGACAAAGUGCGUGCCCUGGAGGAGGCCAACACUGACCUGGAGGUCAAGAUCAGGGAAUGGUACAAGAAGCAGGGACCUGGUCCAGACCGUGACUACAGCCCCUACUACAGGACUAUCGAGGAGCUCAGGAACAAGAUUCUUGCUGCAACUGUCGAAAAUGCCAACAUCGUCUUACAGAUUGACAAUGCCAGGCUGGCAGCUGAUGACUUCAGAACCAAGUUUGAGACGGAGCAGGCUCUGCGCCUGAGUGUGGAGGCUGAUAUCAACGGCCUGCGCAGAGUCCUGGAUGAGCUGACCCUGGCCAGAGCUGACCUGGAGAUGCAGAUCGAGAACCUGAAGGAGGAGCUGGCCUACCUCAAGAAGAACCACGAGGAGGAAAUGAAUGCCCUGCGCGGGCAGGUGGGUGGAGAGAUCAGCGUGGAGAUGGAUGCGGCUCCUGGAAUCGACCUCACCAAGAUCCUGGCUGAGAUGAGGGAGCAGUACGAGAGCCUGGCGGACAAGAACCGCAGGGACGCCGAGCAGUGGUUCUUCAGCAAGACGGAAGAGCUGAACCGGGAGGUGGCCAUCAACACCGAGCAGCUUCAGAGCGGCAAGACGGAGAUCACAGAGCUACGACGCACCAUCCAGAGCCUGGAGAUUGACCUGCAGUCCCAGCUCAGCACAAAAGCGGCAUUGGAGGGCACCUUGGCUGACACAGAAGCCCGCUACGGCACCCAGCUGGCCCAGCUCCAGGGGCUGAUCACCAGCGUGGAGGAGCAGCUGGCUGAGCUGAGGUGCGACAUGGAGCGCCAGAACCACGAGUACAGGGUCCUCCUGGACGUCAAAUGCCGCCUGGAGCAGGAGAUUGCCACGUACCGCCGGCUCCUGGAGGGCGAGGAUGCCCACAUCUCUUCCCAGUACUCCUCUGCUAUGUCCUCACACUCUGGCAGAGACGUCAUGACAUCUUCCCGCCAGGUCCGCACAAUUGUUGAGGAGGUGCAGGACGGGAAGGUGGUCUCCUCCCGGGAGCAGGUUGCACUCACCACUCGCUAG